CAGUCGGUGUCCAUUACUUUAGGCCUUUACUAAAAUUCACGAACAACAGGGAGAAGCGGUGGAAAUAAUCGUGAAGAAUAAGAGAGAGAAACUUGUCUCCACAAAGCGAACAGGUGGAACUUUGUCACACCCUGUUGGAUCUAAUUCAGGAGAAAAUCGUCUCUUCGUGGUGUUCGUUUCGAAGACUGCUCUCAGCCAUGACCCAGGUCGUUCCUCCGAUCCUCUCCGUCACCCCGAGUCGGGCUCUGGUUGAUGAGAAGUUUAAAGUGUUGGUGGAGAAUCUUCCUCCGGGAUGUCCGGUAACCGUCCGCUCCCUCCAUCAAUCCGAGGACAAGCACGACUGGGAGGCUUACGGGCACUACAUCAGUGACCACAGUGGCGUCGUGUCAGUAUCAGAAGAUUUAAGUUAUGGAGGCACAUACACAGGAAAAGAGCCCAUGGGUUUGCUGUGGAGCAUGCGGCCCGUCCCGGGCAGCCGCCCAGGCCUCAGGUUAAGGAAGAUGAAUGUGUGCACACCCAUGCUGGUCACCAUCUCAGUCCACAGUGGACACGAGGGCUUCAGGGACAAGGCCCCUCUAGCCUCAGUCCUCACAGAGAGAUGGUACAUGGCCCCUGGCAUCCAGAGGAUCAGUAUUAAUGAGCAAGGAGUGCAAGGGACUCUGUUUAUACCUCCAGGUCCUGGACCGUUUCCUGGGCUGCUGGAUAUGUGGGGAGGUGGUGGAGGGCUGCUGGAGUAUCGUGCUGCCUUGCUCGCGUCUCACGGUUAUGUUUCUUUGGCGCUGGAUUACCUCGGAUUUGACCAGGAGUCUGAAAAUUUGGAAUUGAAAUACUUUGAGACGGCGUUUAAUAUUAUUAAGGACCAUCCUCAAGUGAUGCCAGACAGAGUUGGAAUUUUUGGUCUUUCCCUCGGUUCACUUGUUGCUGUCACCUUGGCAGCCUACAGCACCAUUACCAAGCCUUGUGGUAUUGUUUGUAUCAGCUCCAACCACUAUUAUCCAGCACAGGGGAGCACAGUCGCAUCCAGGUUUGAAGGAGUAACCAGGCAGCUUCACAAGGCGCGUGUGAAUGAGGACAACCAAGUGAUCUGGAAAGAUGUUGGUCUGGAGUUCAUCACUGACCCCUCAAACAUUGCCGAAGUAGGCAGAAUUAACUGCCCGACAUUGCUGGUUAACGGCUGUGAUGAUCAGAACUGGCCCACAGUGGAGACGGCGGAGGAUGUGGCCAGGUUGAUGCGUGAAGCUGGAAAGGAACACCUGUUGAGCAGAUUAGCAUAUCCGGACACCGGACACCUGAUUGAGCCACCGUUCUCACCUCAUUUUAGGGCUACGACCUUUGUCAUACGCAGCAGUAAAGAAAAAGUGAUAUUACUGUGGGGAGGACAGACCAAACCUCACUCUGAUGCUCAGGAGGACUCCUGGAGGAAGAUUUUGAGCUUUCUGCAGUUUCACCUGUACUGUGGCCCAAGUCUCAAAGCAAAGAUAUGAAAAAGGUGCAUGAUGCUGUUCAAAAAAUAUAUACAUCAUGGGGUCAGAUCCGACCCCAUUGGUUUACUAGGGAAAA